AUGAUGCAUUCUCUUCAAUUGAUUGGAGCCUUCAUGGUCUCGUUUUCGCUUAUCGGCUCUCUUGUCGCAUCUUCCCCAGAGGUCAAAGUUGAAUGUGGGAAUGCACGGGUCCUCAAUCUGAAGGCACCGAACCGAGUGUGCAAAAGUGGUACGACAUUCUACGACAUGAUAGCUUCGGUACCUUGCAAGCCAAAAGAGCACAGUUUAUGCUGUGUCAGACGUGUCGAUAGCGGCUCUUUCAUCCCGUUGGGGUGCACGUCAAUGGGGGGUGUUAUCUGAUAAACGAGCAAUGCGUUGCCUAUGACCCGUUGUGUCUACCUGAGAUAGUUCUCAAGCCUAUGGAUAUGAUGUCUUGUUUGUCCCGAGAAAAAUCAUUUACACACGCAGAACGCUUUCAUCCUUCCGCAAGUUUCGACAAAACUUUACUUAAGUAAAUACCACUUGCUC